CGGGGACUGGUCGCCGCGCUGUGCGGGGGCGGGGGGCUCCGAGGCGGGUCGCGGGGGCAGCCCCUCAGGCCAGGCGAGGACCUUAACGCUUCCCUUCCCCGCCCCCUUUUGUGUUUCCCCUCAGACCCGCGGGCCGCUGGGGGAGCCGAGGCCGCCCCCGCGCUCGGGGGUCGUUCCCUCGCAUCCUCCGGGCCGCGGGAGGGCAGAGGCGGCGGCGGCCGGAGCCGGGCCGGGCGGCCUGAGGUGAGAGCCCGGCCGGCCCCGCUGGGAAUAUGGCGACCGGUGGCUACCGGACCGGCGGCAGCGGCGGCAGCACCACCGACUUCCUGGAGGAGUGGAAGGCGAAGCGCGAGAAGAUGCGCGCCAAGCAGAACCCCCCGGGCCCGGCCGCCCCGGGCGGGGGCAGCAGUGACGCGAGCGGGAAGCCCCCGGCGGGGGGUUUGGGCACCUCGGCCGCCGCCGCGGCCAACGAGCUCAACAACAACCUCCCGGGCGGCGCGGCCGCACCUGCCGCCCCCGGCUCCGGGGGCGUGAACUGCGCCGUGGGCCCCGCGGCGCUGCCCCGCUCCGCCCCCGGCCCCCGGCGGCCCGAGGACGAGCCGCCUCCCACCGCCGCGGCCGCGGUCUCCGCCUCGGGGGCACCGCCGGCCCGGGGAGACGACGAGGAGCGGGACGGCGCCCAGGACAAGGGCAAGAGCUCGGGCCCCAGUGCCAGGAAGGGCAAGGGGCAGAUCGAGAAGAGAAAGCUGCGCGAGAAGCGUCGCUCCACCGGCGUGGUCAACAUCCCCGCGGCAGAGUGCUUAGAUGAAUAUGAAGACGAUGAAGCAGGGCAGAAAGAGCGGAAACGAGAAGAUGCCAUUACACAACAGAACACGAUGCAGAAUGAAGCUGCCAGCUUAUUAGAUCCAGGCAGUUCUUAUCUGCUACAAGAGCCAUCUAGAACAGUUUCAGGCAGAUAUAAAAGCACAACUACUGCCUCUGAAGAAGAUGUCUCAAGUAGAUAUCCCCGAACAGAUAGAAGUGGGUUCAGCAGAUAUAAUAGGGAUGCAAAUGCUUCAGGUAAUUUGGUCUCAAGUAGCAUGUUGGAAAAGAAAAUUGAAGAUCUUGAAAAGGAAGUAGUAAGAGAAAGACAAGAAAACUUAAGACUUGUGAGACUAAUGCAAGAUAAAGAGGAAAUGAUUGGAAAACUCAAGGAAGAAAUUGAUUUGUUAAAUAGAGACCUAGAUGACAUAGAAGAUGAAAAUGAACAACUAAAGCAAGAAAAUAAAACUCUUUUGAAAGUUGUUGGUCAGCUAACAAGGUAGAAGAUUCAAGUCCCAGUGUGGAAAAAAUAUUUUAGAACUACUGAUUGAAUGUUAUGGUUAAUGCUAGGAUAAUAUUCCUAUGCUGCAAUACAUUAAGUAUGUAUAUUUAUUUCUAGAAAACAGUGGAUGUUUAUUUUCAAGAUACUUCUUUUUCAUUAUUUCAUAAGAGUAUCAACCUUCAAUUUCACAAUUCAGUAACAUCUUUCAGUUAUUAAAAUGGCAGGUUAUGCCUCUUUUGGUUUUGUGUGGUAUUCAAAUAAUAUAUGGUAUAAAGUCACAACCAUUUGAAAAAUUUUAUCUAUGGUAGUGUAUUUUCUCCCUGAAGGAAUAUACAUGGUCUUUGUUUACAUGAAUUCACAUACUUUUGGGGAGUUACCUGCAAAUGCCUUAUUACUGAUGUGUGCAAACUUUUAUGUGUUGUUGAUUCACUCAGAAACUCGUUUCUACUGUCAUUUGUUCUUUCAACUUAUUUUCAGCAAUUUAGAGAGUGUCACACCGUUUUGUGUAAUGGUCAUCUUUAAAAAGGAAAGCUGUUAGGACAAGUCACUUAAUACCAUGACUAGUUGGCUAAAGAAAAAAUAUUAGAGAAUACUUGAAUUGUGCUGCAGUACAUUAAAAUAUACAGUUUUGUAUCUGAAUGUUGAAAACAAAUUUAAAUCACUUCUGAAAAACAUACAAUUAUAAUUUCAUUAUAAAAUUUCUUGGGUAGGUCCUACCUUUUUUAUUAUUUCAAGGUUUAUAAGUGAACAUGGGAUAUUAAAAAGUUGUUUAUUCAUCAGUCCUGGAGAGUGUGUACAAUUUCAAUGUAUAAAAAAUAAUCCAUAUUUUUAAUUAUCAUUUGCAUUAAAUAAAAACCAAAAUAUUUAUCCACAAAAACAUUUAUAUUUAUAUUUACAAAACAGUACAUAAACAAAAAUAGUACCAAAAUACUUUCCUUAUUUCUAACUUGGAGAAUAAUAACACUGUGAUACAGUGGUCUCAUGUGAAAGAAUUAUUCCCCUACCUCAAAUUUAAGGGAUUUUCUUUCCAACAUUGGAUUUUUAAAAACAAUUUUUAAAAAUUUUGAAGAAUUAUACAAAUUUUCUAUUAAAUAUUAUUAAUGUUUAGAGUUGUUUUAUAUUAUAUUUUCAUGCUGAGUAAGGAAACCCCCUCUUUUAAAAUAUGUUAACAUUAAGAAAUGUCUGUCUGAUAGUUGAAUUGUAAACCGUAUACAGAUAAUCCUUUUGUCCAGUUAAACAUAGUAAAACCCAUUUUGGGUACCCUGCUGACUCUUUUUCUUCACUUGCCAAUUUCCUUCAUUAUUGACUAUUAGAAAAAUAGGGAAGUGAAACAGUUGGACCAAAUGUAGAGUAAAUUUUGAAUUUUAAAACUCCUUGUGGUUAGAUUGGCUUCUCACUUGAGAAGUUUCAACCUUGGCUAAUCAUCAGGAUCACUUGGGUUGCUAACAAAGAAUUCCCUGGCUGUAAUUUCUAGCUAGAUUUAGGUUGAGAGCCUGGACAGAAUUUUUAAAGCUUACCAUCUGAUGAUUCUGAUCAUAACCUAGGUUUGGAAAUAGCUGCUGUCUAUAUCCUCCUAUAUCUUCCAUUGAUACCCUAGAAUUAAUGUAUGUUAGCUACUAGCAUUUUGUUUCCUUUUAGUUUAUUUAAUAAUUUAUCUGGCCCCUGGGGAAGUUUUCAUAUGUCUAUAUAUAUUUACCAAAAAGGUCAAUGUUAGAUUACCAAACUUGAUAUAGUUGCAGAAUUACUACAUAAGGACAUCAUUUUGGAGAACAUUACCCAGCCUGGGAACAGCCACCUGCUGCCCACGUGUCACAGUGGUACGCCAGGCUCAGUCACUGCCUUGGCUGUGAGGCACGCUCCUCUCCCUUCAGUUACCCUUCGGUAUGUGGCGGAAAUACUGGUAUUACCUAGUUUUGCAUCGAAGUUUUGGAUGUUGUGAAAAUACUGUCAGUAUCACCGUAAAAUAUAUUAGUGUGCUGGUUUUUCAGUAAAUUAUUUUAAAUUUCUAUUUAGUCCAUAUGUAAGUAAAGGAAUAUUUCAUUUUCCUUUUUAAACUUAUACCAGUUAUUGAUGUUUUUAAAGAGUGAGGUAUUUUAAAAAUUUUCCUUCAGUUUAUUAGGAAAAAUUCCAACAAUGAUAUUUUACAUAAUGGUACCUAGUACAGGAGCCUAACAGCUUAGGCAAAGCAAUUCACAUGCAGUCCUUCCCCCUGUUCUUAAAAUGUUUAUUUAUAUCACACAUAGAUUUUUACACUGAAUAGUGAAAAAUUAAGUAGGAUCUGCUAUAAUUUCCUUUUAAAAUUUAUAAAAAGCAUUGAGAUUAAAAAAGCAUUGAGAUUUUAAAAAGGUUAACUUUAAAUACAUGUGCACUACUUUAGAAAACUUGGCUGUUGACAAUAAAGUGCUAGUAUGUGAAAUUAUUAGUUCCAUUCAGAAAUUAUAUUUCUUCUAUUUCCUGGGAAUUUAUGGCAUAAUAAAGCAUAUUCAAAGUUUUAAUGUGUUUAUGAUCUUAUUUUCAAAACAGUAAGUUUAUUAACUAAAAUAAACAUGACUUAUCUCCCUGAUUUCUGACAUGUAUUAAGGCUUACAAAGUAAUCUCCAUUUUAUUCUUCUAGAAUUGUCAUUAACUUUAUUGCACUACAGUUGCCUUUAGAGGGGAAAAGGGUGGCAUUUUGUGUAUUUCUAAGGGAAUUUACUAAAUCUAGAGAUUAGCACUGUUACACCGGCUCAAACAGUUUAAAACAUAGAAAAUUAGGUAUUGGGGCAGAUACAUGAAAUCAAUGUAUUCUUUUUAUUUUAAAGUAACUUUUUAAUUGUGGUUAUUAAAGCAAUGUAUUCUUAAGGUGAAAAACCUACCUCAUUUAUAAGUCGCUUAUAGUUUCACAGUUAAUCUGGAUUUUUAUAAUUAGAAAUUAAAAUGUAACAUUUGAGUCCAUUAAUACUUUGUUGAAAACAAUGCAAGUCAGUAUAAUAGACAUGCCCAUAUGUUCAACAUUGUAAUACGAAACAGGAAAGACUUUGGGUUUGAUCAUUGAUCUGGUGUUCUAGACAAUAGUCAUAUGUACAGUGAUAGUCCUCUUUUAUCUUUUUUAUAGUUUUAUAAUAUUGAGUCAGUGCUUAGUAAGUUCCAUGCAGUAUUGGCCCUUAAUAACUGUUCAUGGUUUUGUUAAUAGCCUGUUACAAGAUUCAGGCAUAUAUUUUCGCUUUGUAGUAAAAGAAACCAACACACCAGCUUUCAAUUGGGAGCAGUAGUAAGUGAGAAGGAACUAGCAUUCAGGAAUCAGAACUUUAAAAUAACAUGUCAAAGUCAGCGCUAAACAUUCUUCUAUUGUAUCUAAACCAUUCCUAAUAUGUAACAGUAAGCUUGACUUCCUUUGCUUUGGAACUGUGCUCACUCUCUUAAGGAAAGGGCAUCCCAUCAACCAGCAUUGUAAUUUGUGUUACUUGUCUGAGAACUAGUGCCACUUUUGUUGUUCUGUUAAACUGAAAGCAUAAUACCAAUAGACAACAAACGUCUUGCUCAUCAGGUGCCUUCCCGCCUUUUGUUAAAUUUCUCACUGAUGUAUAGAAGUUAGUUGUUUCAUUCUCAGUAUUAAGACUUGAAAAACUACCCAAGAAAACCUGAGCCCAUAUUGUUUUUGUUUUUGUUUUUGUUUUAUUUUACUUAGCUGGAUUGUUACAGCAUGUUAAAAUCAUAUCCCCAUUCUAAAAAUAGUUACGUGUGAGUAUGCGAGAGGACUAUGGAUGAGGAGUAUAAAUACAUUAAAUUUUCAUAUCUGUUCUUCUGGCAAGUAUUUAGUAGUCUACUAGGUAUAUCAUUAUAGUUAUUAUAGAGGUUUUUUAAAAAGGGACAUGGACCAGCCUUUCCAUUUAGCAGUGUACAAUCUAUGUAGUAUGUGUCAAUAGCACAAAAUACAAUCUUAAUUAGCAUUAGUUGGUCUAAUCUAAAUAGUUAAUUCAAAAGUGUAUUUUUGGUAUUAUCUAGCCAUUGUCUUUUAGGUCUAGUAAUAGGUACCAUUUAAUUUGCUGCAGCAUUUACUGAAUGGUGGAUUGGAAGACCUGAUGUAUAUUGGGAAGUAUCUUACCAUAAUUCAUUUAGGUAAUUGUGCUUUAUGAAAAGAACAUUGUUAAGGAAUUUAUAGCAGUAAUAAAGUAGAAACAGUUCAGUGCACUUCAGAUACACCAACCUGUUAAUGGUAUGCUCUCUAUACAUUAUUGAUUACUGGUUGUUUUAAGACAUUUACAUCUAACAGUUCACAUACAGGCACAUACUAUUUUGGUAAUAAUAGAAUGUUAGUGAUGAUCACUCGAUGGACACCGAUUAUGUGCCUGUUUUGUCUUGAAUCUCUCUCUAGAUGCCUAAUAGAUGUAUAUUACCUUUUUUGGUGAAAUUUUUUUUGACAGAUCUGCCUAUUUUAUUCAGGGUUUUUAUUAUGUUUUUCUUCUAAGUUUAAGUAUCAGAUGGCUGUUAUUAUCAGCAAAAGCCAUAAGAAAACUAAAAUUUAUUGUUUUGUUGAAAAAUCAGUUAAUUCAGGUAAUUAAACAUUUGAGGAAAACACCUGGAUAAUUUAUUGACCACAUUAAUACUGUGUAGGGAGCUUUCAUAAUUCCCAUUGCAUAGGUUUUGUUAUGGAGUAGUCAACGAUAUAGAUUCAUUCUUAAAUACUCAAUGAAAAAAUAAAUUUUCAUUUAUUUUUCAACACUAAUUAUGUUUUUAUUCCUGAACUAUCAGUAAAACUCUGACCAUCAGUUUUAUUUUUGAAGUUAAGGGAUAAUGCAAAUAUUCUAAUUAACUUGUGUACCUCUUACCGAAAGAGUAUGCAGUACUUUUAAAUCUUUAGUAUAUAUUAUUAUAGAAAGAAUAAUGUUUUAAAAAACAAAAAUGCAGUGUUGAUAAGAUCUGUAUACAUUAAUGGUGGGACUUCUUGAAUAAGUGAGGAAGUGUACAAAUGUUCAAUCUGAUUGAAAAUUUUUAGUUGUGUUUUAAAACUACACGAAUAAUUCCUUAAUUCAAAAUUGGAGCUGUUCCCAACUAAAUCUGAUGGUGUUCAAAGAAUUUCAGGCCCUUCAUAGUUUGAAAAAGAUAAGUAAGGGUCUGGGAAUGUAAAAAUCUGGUCUUUGUUUUUUGAGUAAAUGGUUUACAUAACCUUUUGCUAAUGUGUCAUUCUUCAUACACCUGCACAAGCUAAUCAGUCUUCUUUACUUCUAGAACUCUAAAUUAAUCUUGUCAGUAAUGUCAUACAUGUCUAACAAGUGAACAAGCAUCCUUCAGUCAGACUGUUUAGAUAAUGUCUCAAGUCCUUAUAUAAGAACCUACUCCAUUAGCAAGCCUAUUGAAAAAAUUUGCAAGACCUUUUAGUCUUAAUUGUAUCUGGAAGCCUUAUCUUAGACUUCAUCAAAUUCCUAUUUUUUUUCUUCUGGAUUCACUCUGUGCAUACACACAAUUCUGUCAGUAGCUGUAUACUACCAAUAUACUAAUCUCAUGUGUCUGGUUUUUCUUUUCACCUCUACAAGAGGUUAGUUACCUUUUCUUCCUGGUCAACUUCUUGGAAAGAAUUUAUAUGAUGUUGGACCUUCAUGUUAAAGAGAUAGGACUGGUUAUAAUAUCCUUUACAAUCCAUUUUAUUUUGAUGUCUAACCAGAUAACGUUGAAAAGGAAGCUAGAAGGCAAAACUUCCCUUUUAAUACUGGACAAAAUGCAAAAUGCACAGUUUUAUUCUUUCAAAAAACUUGUGUGGCUGAAUAAAGAUGCAUUUAAUAAAGGAAGAAACUACCUACUUGAUAUCAUAGAUGAGAGAUAUGAAAAAAUUAAUAUGAACCAGUUAGUAAAAGUAGAUUGGACUUUGACUUUACACAUGUGAAAGAAAAGCAAAAUAAGAAUUUUGUGUUAUUCACAUUAAAAUGUGCAGAAUUAUUCAGUAUAAGUUAUAGUCUUAACACAUAUAUAAGCAGUUGCUUUACUGUUUAGACAUAUCAUGGGACAUGAAAUCCACAGCCUUUAUGUUACAGGUUUAUAUCUAGAGAAAUAUUUGCAUUCCUUUAAAAUGUGAACUAUUUACUGUGGUUAAACAAAGGUACAUGAUGUCAUCUGUGGACAUCUUGGCCUUAUGGAAACAAAUUAUUAAGAAAAGUUAAUAGGCAUCUGAUUUAUCAUUCUUGUAGUACAAGAGUGUAACCAAAGCUAUCAGAGCCAUAGGAAAUUCCAUUUUCUUUUAAGAACCUGAAAAUCACUUUUGGUAAAAAUGCAUUUGUUUGAUAUGUAGUGUUAAAGAAAGUUGGAAAAUUACUAGUUUUCCAUAGAAAAUUGAAAGACUCAUGUGUGGAUGAUUUGGAACAAUGAACAACAUCAAUAAUUUAAAGUAAAAUUAUGCCAGUAACUGUCACAUUAACCGCACUCUUUAAAGUGAAUCAGUGAAAAUUGUAAUGGGAUGAGUGAAUGGACAUUUUGGAAAUGCUAAAUGAUUGUCAUAGGGGGCCUAAAAGUGCCUUUUGUUUCUUGCAGCUCCUGUAAGAUCAGUGUAUGGCUUAAGGCUUAAGAGGUUCUGCUAAGCAUAGUGACUCACUUAGUUAACAAUUUGAGCACAACUGUAACCCUAAUGUAGUAUAGCACAAGAACAUUAAAUAAUUAGUAAUUCAGUAGCUGUGUUUGCCAGGCAUUGUGUUAAGUGCUGUGAUACUUUUUUAUUCACUUCUUUAAAACUUGUGCAAGCUACAGAUUGGGAAGAGUAAUUUGCUCAAAGCCACAAAGCAGUGCUUUGUGCUUAUGCUGUGAUAUAUUCACUUUUAUGAUGUAAUCAUUGUCCUAUUAAAUACUAAUAAUUCUCAAAGUGUGGUCCCCAUACUAGUAGUAUUGGCUUCACUUAGAUACCUAUUAGAAAGAGAAACUCCCGACACCUGAAUGAGGUGAGGCUCGGCAAUCUAUGUUUUAACAGGCCCUUCAGGUAAUUCUGAUGCAGGUCAAAGCUUGUAGAUUUGCAUUGCACAUUUCUAUUUUUAAAUAAAGAUCUGGGGGUUUCUUUUUGGACAGUGUAUAAAUAAUAUAACAUGAACUUAUAAAAAAAAAAAAAAAAGGAAUCUUUUCAUUGUUGCUUAUAUUGCAAAAGACUGUAUCAGGAAAAGCCCCAGCAUGGAUACUGGCAGCUUGACAUCACUACAUUAGUUUAGUGUUAUCUCUGGAACUCAAAUGGAUUCUUAAGUCCAAGAGACUGUGGAAUGAAAUCUUUGUUUUACUGUGUUAAGCUCGAUCUCUGUUAUUGUCUAAAGGUUUUUGGUAACAAUAAUGCAUUUUUUUUCAAAUUUUAAAACUUUAUUGGAAUAAAUAAAUGUAUGUUUCAUCACUUA